AUGAUGGAAAGUAAGAUUCGACUGCCUCAGUUGAAGAACUUUCGUCAAAGUGCUGCACCGCCUGAGGUUCCUUCCUUGAAUAUCCAACUAGGAGAUGAGAACACAUCCAAGAACACAAGCCCUGUUGCUGAAUUGGAUGGCAACUCAGUUGUACACAAGACAAUUCAGAUGUACAAUCAUAUGAAGUCGCAGUCUUCGCUAGUGGGAAACCAAGGUGUUCCAACUAUUGUAUCCAAGGACAGUGCGCAAAUCGAACUGCAGAUUGACCUGGCGAAGAAUUUUUACGAUGUAAAGAGUCUAUGGGAUCCGUCUGGUCCCUUGACCUACAGGAAUGGGAAGAGAUCUCAGCAUGAUUGUAUUGAUAUGGAACCAUUCACGUGCUCGUGUGUGAUGGACAUUCAAUCAAACUCGUUGAAGACUGAUGAUGGAGCAGCUGCCGUCAUCACUUGCGAAGAACUGAUUGCUUGUCCAAUGCUUCUCAGCUUGACAGCAUGGACAUCAACCGAUGAUAAUCACGGAGAGGACAUUGGUAUCUAUGAUGGUAGCGAUCUUACCCAAGCUAUCAGUGUCCCUGAGAAAGAAACGAACAACUCAGUCCACGGAGAAAGCGUCGUGAGCCUGGCAUCUUCACGCUCUCAAGACAUAUGCGAUGCUGGAAUGGACGGCGAAAAGCCUGAUUGCGUUGUACAAUUGCUGCAGGAAUUGGGUUUGCAGGAUAUCAUUCCCAAUUUUGAGCUGAGAAGAAUUGGAUUGCAAGAACUUUCAAGGAUGUCAGACAAUGAUUUGAAAUUGCUUGGCAUCGACAAGCUUGGAAAAAGAGUAAAACUAAGGCAAAGAGCUCAAUUGCUCGUUACUUCUCCGAGCAAGGUUGAGUCACUAUCCUUGUACGGAUCUUCCUCUUCGUCAGCCUCAAGUUUGCCGCAAUUCGAUGAAAUCAAAAGUUCCUUGGAGAUUUUUGAUCGAAGACAAUCCUACGAGAUCCUAGAUGCGAUUGACCAUGAUCUUCAAGUGGAGCAGAUAGAAGAUCACCCUCUCAACAACCUCCGGUCAUUGAUCAUGGACGUUGAGACGAAGUGGAAGCAAGCUCUGGUCUCCUGGCAUGUCUUUCUGUCAUGUUGUACUGAUGCAUUUCUGGUGGAUAGGAGAGGCAGCAACAGGCCAGCAUGGAAGCAAAAAUCUACGAAAGACAACUCCGCAACCCGACUCUUCUUUUACUUGCCAAUUCUUUACAAGCAGAUUAUUAUCUCAAUGAAAUGA